AGAGGCAGCCGUGUGCGGACGUGCUGAAGCAGCGCGGACGUUGACCUUGGCCAGCUGGCAGUGCACCCGUCGCCGCUUGCUCUCCUCGAGCCUCUCGUUGAGCUGUCGCCGCCGCUGCGUCUCGAGCUUUCGCUCUCGCGCCGCGGCAGCCUCUUGGUCGAGUUGCCGCUCCUGUUCCUCUCGGAUCUGCCGGAAGCGCUCUCUGGCAACGCGUCGCCAGCGCCGUCCAUCUCCUCGGCGGGGAAGUCGUCCUCGCUGGCGUCCUCCUCCUCCUCGGCCGGGAAGUCGUCUCGCUCUCUGACAUCGCUCUGACACCGCUCAGCGACGGGCAGCGACGGGCGCAAUAGUACUCUGCAGCGGCGCGGGAACUGCGGGUGAGGCCAAGCCCAAGGGGCGGUGCCCUCCUGCAACACAACCACAUCCAUUGGAUCCUCCAUUCAACAGCCUCGUCAUGCCGCCCGCCAAGAAGACGCCCGCCAAGAAGUCCGCCAAGAAGCCCUCGGGCGGCGAGAAGAAGCGCAAGAAGAAGCGGGUCGAGUCGUACUCGUCCUACAUCUACAAGGUGCUCAAGCAGGUGCACCCCGACACUGGCAUCUCCUCCAAGGCCAUGUCCAUCAUGAACUCGUUCAUCAACGACGCGUUCGAGCGCAUCGCCGUCGAGGCGGGCAAGCUCGUGCGCUACAACAAGAAGGGCACCCUCUCGUCACGCGAGAUCCAGACCGCCGUGCGCCUCAUCCUCCCCGGCGAGCUCGCCAAGCACGCCGUCUCGGAGGGCACCAAGGCCGUCACCAAGUACACGUCGAACGCCUAAGCCCUCGGUGUUUCUAAACACCACCCU